AUUACUAACACAUUAUAUUUACGUUAAUGUUUUCUUAGUACUAUUUAACAAACGCGCCGUUUUGGUCCACUCCAAAACAUUUCUUCUUCCAUUAGCUCCGCCCCCUGAGCUUCAACCUUUUAGCAGUCCACAGUGUUUUUCAAUGGGGCGAAAACGAAAGAGCGAAGAUGGAGAAAGGGAGAACGAAGAAGAAGAAGAGAAAUCAAUGAAAGUUAAAAGGGUCAAAGAGAAGGAGUUUAAAGAAAGCAUGCGAUCUUCAAUGAUAAAGAACAAGGAGAAAAGAUCAGCUGUACAUGCUAAGUUGAAGCAACAGAAGAAGAUGGAGAAGAGGAAAAAGGUUAAAGCUCGUGAAGCUGCUGAGAAAAAAGCACUGGAGCUAGGUGAAGAGCCUCCACCGAAGAUGGUACCUCGUACUAUUGAGAAUACAAGGGAGUUGGAUGAGACUAUUUGUUUACCUGAUGAUGAAGAGCUAUUUGCCGGCAACGAUGUUGAUGAAUUUAGUGCAGUUCUGAGGAAGGAUCGUAGUCCGAAAGUAUUGAUUACAACAUCCCGUUACAACUCUACAAGAGGACCUGCAUUUAUUGCCGAUCUUAUUUCUGUGAUUCCUGAUGCUCAUUACUAUAAACGAGGGACUUAUGACCUGAAAAAGAUUGUCCAAUAUGCAAAUGAGAAGGAGUUUACUUCUGUUAUUGUAGUCCACACCAAUCGCCGUGAACCAGAUGCUCUUCUCAUCAUUGGUUUACCUGAUGGACCUACUGCUCAUUUCAAGCUCUCAAAGCUCAUGCUACGGAAGGAUAUCAAGAAUCAUGGAAAGCCAACUAGUCACAAGCCUGAGCUAGUUUUAACCAACUUCACAACACGUUUAGGGCAUCGAGUUGGGAGGAUGAUACAGUCACUCUUUCCACAAGACCCCGAAUUUCGUGGCCGUCGAGUUGUGACCUUUCACAACCAGCGUGAUUUCAUAUUCUUUCGCCAUCAUCGCUACAUUUUUGAAACCAAAGAGGACAAACAGAAAGAUUCAAAAGGUAAAAAAAGCAAAGUUGAGAAGAACCCACAAGAAAGGACAAUUGCGCGUCUUCAGGAAUGUGGUCCGCGAUUUACUCUCAAAUUAAUCAGUCUCCAACAUGGUACUUUUGAUACCAAGGGCGGGGAAUAUGAAUGGGUUCACAAGCCGGAGAUGGAUACAAGUCGACGGAGAUUUUUCUUGUGAUAAUGGUGGAUCUUUCUGCUGUUGGGAUUUCAAUGUAUCCAUACCAUGUAAAAGAAGAAUAUCAACUAUCUGAAGCAGUUCACUAUGAAAAUUUUGCUCUUUUCUAUUUAACUGUUUUUUUCUGGGUGGGAGCACUUUUGUAAUGGACUAUAUAUAUCCUGCAGUAAUUUAGUAAAGAAUAGUCUUUGUUUUCACCAUAACAGAAGUUGUAUGUGACCUUGAGCAACAAGAUGGUUAAUUACUUUAGUUAGUGAUGCCA